AUGUUCACUUCGGGGACCACCAGCGCCCCCAAAGGGGUAAUGCUGACUCACGACAGCUUUGCCUCUUAUAUCCUGGCCACCGUAAUGCCUGCGGAUCCCGACAUUGAGGAGACCAACCUGGUCACUGUCCCGUACUACCACAUCGCUGGCCUGCAGGCCGCACUGACGGCAGUCUACGCGGGCCGAACUCAGGUGAUCAUGCGGCAGUUCGAACCGGUUCAUUGGAUGGAACUUGUGCAGGAAUACAAGGCCAACCGGGCCAUGCUGGUACCAACAAUGCUGAAGCAUCUAAUAGACCAUCCCCGCUUUGGCGAAUACGAUCUUUCGUCUCUGGACGUGAUCACCUAUGGGGCCGCCCCGAUGCCCAUAGAGGUAAUCCGGGAGGCGAUCAAGAGGUUUCCGGGAGCGAGUUUCAUUAACGCCUUCGGCCAGACGGAGACGGCCUCCACUAUUACGAUGCUACCUCCGGAAGACCACGUUCUGGAAGGGUCGCCCAAGGAGGUUGAAACCAAGUUGCGCCGUCUCACUUCCAUAGGCAAGCCGCUGGAGGAUGUUGAGGUCGAGAUUGUGGACGAGGCCGGGGGACCGACUCCGGUCGGCGAGACAGGCGAAAUCGUGGCCCGCGGGCCCAGGAUGAUGGCCGGAUAUUGGCAGGAGGAAGUGGCCACACAGGAAACGAUGCGGUCCGGGUGGGUCUAUCCGGCGACUUGGGUUAUCAGGACGAGGACGGAAGAAGUGGAGGCCGUCCUGCUAUCCCACCCCCAGGUCGACGACGCGGCUGUCAUAGGCGUGACCGACGUUGAAUGGGGUGAGGAGAUUCGGGCCUUGGUCGUCCGGACGCUCCGCGGAGCUCCUUCAGGCAGCGGCGAAGGAGAGUCGGCCACCCAGGAGGAUAUCAUUGAGUUUUGCCGUGAACGCCUGGCCGGGUUCAAGCGCCCCCGAUCUGUGGUGUUCGUCGACGAGUUGCCCCGUAACGUGAUGGGCAAGGUGAAAGUUGCAGUAGUGGGCGCCGGUGGAGUCGGCGGCUAUUUUGGCGGACUACUGGCCCGUGCCGGGCACGAAGUGACGUUCGUCGCCCGCAGUGAGCAUCUGGACGCCAUCCGUCGCAACGGCGGCCUGCGGGUGGAGAGCCAGAACGACGGCGAAUUCCACGCGCCCGGACGCGGUGUUGGCGAUACCGCAGAUGCCGGAAGCCAGGAUCUCGUGCUGUUCAACGUGAAGAUGCACGACAACCCCGGCGCCAUCGCCUCGCUGCCCCCAAUGGUCAGCGCCGAUACCGUGGUGCUCACCCUGCAGAACGGGAUAGAUAACGGCGAGCAGAUCGCAGCGGUCAUCGGACGCGAACCGGUGAUGGUCGGAUCGGCGUUCAUGGAGGGGCGCAUAUCCGAGCCCGGAGUCGUCACUCAAGGUGGACCUGGCACCGCCGGUUUUGGGGAGAUGUCAGUUGGGAUCACCGAGAGGGGAGAGUUCCUUUAUCGCGAGUUUGUGAAUGCCGGCUGGCGUGUCGAACUAGACGAGAAUAUGGUGGGCAUGCUUUGGAAGAAGUUUGCUUACAUCGCCGGGUCCGCGGCUGUCUGCUCCGCCGCAAAUUGCGUCUACGAGGAAAUGCGCACUAUCCCGGCGACCCGGGCUCUGAUCCAGCAGGCCAUCGAGGAGGCGCUGACCGUGGGCCGAGCCAGCGGUGCGCCGGUCAUGGAAGACUCGCUGGAGUGGGCCAUGAACUCCCUCGACCGCUUUCCUCCGCAGGGCAGGGCAUCAAUGGCCAAGGACUUCACCGAAGGCCGUCCAGUGGAACUUGAGGGAUUGAACGGCGCCCUCAUCCGGCUGGCCCGGCAGACUGGCACGCCCACGCCGGCCAACGACUUCCUUUAUGCCGUCUUGCGUCCCCUGGCCGACCGCAUUGCCGCACAGCAGGCCUGA